AUAUGGGGAGAUAAUGCAAAAUUCAAAAUGGAAGACAAAGCGUAUUUUCUGUGGUAGCAUUUUUGCUAUUACUUUUGUUUUUUGUUAGUUUAAUAAAUACCUGGCCGAUUGUAUUUACCAAGCAAUGGCCAGCGGUUCUAGCAUAGGUCUUCAACUGUGUGAAACAGAGACUAGUCGUCUGACAACAAAUAGUUCCUUAAUUCCCUACAGCAGUAAACGACUUGUUUGUGUUGAACACCCGGCGGUAAUAAAAAAUCUUGACCGAGCUCUUCAGUCACUUGGUGGGACGAAAGAAAUAUCAAAGACUUAUAACCAAGAGACAAAACGUCUGGAACUUCAUUGUCGACCAGAUGAUCCGUACUGUAAACCUGCUUAUGGAGACCGCUGUAAAACUACCAACUUGCUAAUGAAGGUGAAAAGACGACAAAAACGAACAAAAGAACAUGGUGAAUCUGUGGAAGAUUCCUACGAAUAUUGUGUUGAAAUUCUUGGCAUUGUUGAUACAACUUACAAGUUCCAAGCCAUGGCUGACUUUCAGUAUCUACCAAUGACAAGAAAUGAAGAUGGCUCAUACAAGAGUCUGUUAGACAAGCUGAUGUUGAAAUCUUUUGUGAAAAAGUCAGAAUUCUUGAAAAGGGACCCUCCUCUAUUUUUGACUCCGCUAAUAUUCUCGAGAAUGGAUCUGCCCAGUGAAUACGACUUUCGACCGGAUCGAGGCUACACCUUGAAGAAGACAGCAGAACAGGAGUUGUAUCUGCCUGAUAACCAUAUUGGCACUGUUGUUCGUCACAGGAGGUCGAUCUACACAAUGUUUGUGAGUUACGAUGAUCCAACGCCAACAAAACCGAAAGCUGGAUCGGAAGAGUUCCUUAUGGGUCGGUUUAACAAGAACACCGACUUGUUGGAGACUGUCAGAAAAUUAUUUGAAGACCGUCCAGUGUGGUCGAAGAAUGCUCUCCGGUGCCACAUCAACUCCAAGUUACAGAGUCGUCUGAAGUACGUCUUGCCUCUACUCGCUUACUACAUGACUACCGGGCCAUGGAGGGCAAUGUGGGUUAAACUUGGAUACGACCCAAGAACCAAUCCAUCGGCUAAGAAGUAUCAGCUGUUAGAUUUCCGUAUCCGGCAAAGAGGUGCGUGUGACCCGCUGCCUAUCAGAGGGAAGCGAGGUGUGUUUCUGCACGCUGCACCAAUGACCAUCACCAGGUACAGACCCACAGUUCCACAGAUUCCUUCACUAGCCCAGAAACCAGUGGUUCCGGGAGAAUACAAGGACAGUGUGUACAGAUUUGAGCCGAAUGUGAUGCCUCCAUACCGCCAGAUGUUCUAUCAGCUUUGUGACAUCCACGAAAGCAACAUUCAGAAGCUUAUUUUGGAAAAUGAUGGAGAGGAAACAGUCUGCACAGAAAAGGAUGGCUGGUGCUCCAAGGACACCAGUUACAAAUGUCGACAAAUACUAAGUGAAUGCAUUGAGAAACUGGUACAAAACAGCCCAUCUGUACUAUCUGAUGUCAGCACUGUUUCUGGUAGCCGUCACACUUCAAGUAAUGAGCAGGAACUGGACGAUAUUGAUCUGAGGAAUUUAAAAGAUAAACCUAAGCAAGGUCAAGGUCACAGCAGACCGAAACGAGUAACUGAUACGACUCCAUACAGGUCACAGCGACUCCAUACAGGUCACAGCAGACGGAAACGAGUAACUGAUACAACUCCAUACAGGUCACAGCAGACCGAAACGAGUAACUGA